AUGAGCUUAAAAAACAAAGGAAAAAUCUUCAAAAUAAAGUUCAAAAAACUAAAUCAACAUAAACAAUUGAACGAAAGAAAAAUCCUAGAAUUUGAAAAUAAAGAGAUAAAUCAUUAUAGAACACUUGCUCAAAAGUCAGAAAAUGAAGUCAAAGUAAUCAAUGAACAAAUUCAAGAAUUAGAUCACUAUAAAACACUUGCUCAACAGUUUGAAAAUGAAGUCAAUGCAACCAAAAGACAAAUUCAAAAAUUAAAUCAAUAUAAAUUAUUACUAGAAAAUGAAAAAAAUCAAUAUAAAGUUCUUGCUGAAAAGUCAGAAAAGGAUACUGAAACAACCAAGGAACAAUUCGAAAUAAUCAAGGAGCAACAUUUAAAGAAAAUACAAAGAAUACAGAAUAGAAUCGACGAACAAGAAGGAGAUUUACAACAAUUGGAUAAGGAAAAAGUUGAAUUAGAUAAUUAUCAAUCCGCUCUUGGUAAAGCCACAAAUUUUCAAUUAAAUAAUGAUAUCGCAGAUCUCAGUGAUAAUUUAAAAAAUUAUGUAACAAAUUUAAAGCAAAAUAUCGUUGUUAACAUGAAAGAAGUUAGAAAGCUUUUAUUACAUUAUAAAUGUCCAACUGAAAUUAAAGAUCAAAAAUCUAGUAGACUAUUGAUUCAAGCAGUUUUGCAACGUCACGUCAUCGAAAUAAUAUUCGCAAAUGCUACACAAUAUUUUCAUGUCUCUGGACGUCAACAACUUGAACAUCUUGAAUCACAAAUUGUUAAUAAAGAAAGUGAGCUUAACCGCGGAUUUGAGGAUACGUCCAGAGAAAACAAUACCGUAUAUGAGCACGCUUUCAUCACUCAAUGUAAACAACAACUAAACGACAUUAUGAACGGACUGCGUACUAUCAAUGAUAAGCAAAAGAAAUCAGAUUCCGAAAAAUAUGCCGUGACUAUCAUUCGCGAGGUUGUAAAGAUAUUUUACUUUAGAUUGAAAGUUCAAGAACCUGUUGUACAACAUAAUUGGUUUUCGUAUAAUGCUAAAUUAGAUAAAACAUUAAUGGAAGGAAUUUCAUGA